AUGUUAUUAAAAUUUUCAGUAACGUUAAGAGAAAUGGCUCAAUUUCAAGAUGAGAAUCGCACUCCUCUAGCAUCAUGGCAAAAUUACCCAUUACCUUUAGGAGAAUUGGAUUCUAAAGGUGAAAUUGGUGCAGUCGGUGAUAAACCGAUCAAAGACCACGCUGGAAGUAAUCCAUUUAUUGAUGAUAAUGGUGUACCUAUAGCGGAUUACCUCUGA